CGUCCAUCACUCGUCUAUUUUUAGUGGGGCUCUGUGAAGCAGCCAUGUUGCCUGCGGAGUAAACUGUCCGUGCGCCCCGGAGGAGCCACUGCGGCACUGAGUCAUUCUCCUGAUCCGUGCGCGCUGCGCUCUGCGGCUCUCAGGUUCACCGUGUUGCUUAUUUAGGGCAUCCCGGAACUGUACCGGUGCUGUGCGCAGCUGAGUGACGGGACAGGGCGGCAGGAGAGGACCGCAGGCGACGGAACACAGCCACAAAUCCAGUCCCGGGAAAUUGACGCACUCACACAACAAAACAUCCCCAGCAGAAAUUAUCUGCGGACCAGAAGAGGGAGGUUUGACAACAUGGAAGGUUUGAUGCUGCGGCUGGAGCGAGCUGUGACUCGUCUGGAGCAGAUGUCCGUGAACAUUCAGACGACCAGUAGCAUGGCGAAUGGGGACUGUGUCAACGGCAUUGAUGGAGGCACGUCUCAGUGUGUGGACGCCUUCAACGUGCUGCUCAGCGGUCCAGUGUCAGACUACCUGAGCAAGAGCCGAGCCAUAGGGAGCGAGGUGGAAAAACAUGCGGAGCUGGUGCACAAUGCCCUGCAGACUCAGAAAACUUUCCUCAAAAUGGCUGCCACGCACCAGGAACCCUCGAAGACGGAGCUUCACGACCUGAUGAAGCCAAUUUCAGAUCACAUCCAGGAGAUCCAGAACUUCAGGGAACGGAACCGCGGCAGCAGCCUCUUCAACCACCUGUCAGCCGUCAGCGAGAGCAUCCCCGCGCUGGGCUGGGUCGCUGUGUGUCAGAAGCCGGGUCCCUACGUGAAGGAGAUGAACGACGCCGCCACCUUCUACACCAACAGAGUGCUGAAGGACUACAAGGAAACCGACAGACGCCAUGUGGACUGGGUGCGCUCCUACCUGUCGAUCUGGACCGAGAUGCAGGCGUUCAUCAAACAGCACCACACCACAGGCCUGGUGUGGAGCAAGAUCGGCCCCAUUGCUCCUCCCUCUCUCCUCAACUCCCCCAAGGCCCCCAGUGCUCCCUGCCCCCCGCCACCUCCACCUCCUCCCCCCGGCCCACCUCCGGUCUUCACGGACGACGACCCCCAGUCUCAGGUGGACAGCGCGGCGGCACAGCACUCGGCUCUGUUUGCUCAGCUCAACCAGGGCAUGGACAUCACCAGAGGUCUGAAGCGUGUAUCAGACGACCAGAAGACCCACAAGAACCCAAAUCUGCGCUCUCAAGCUGCACCGACCAAAACCAAAUCCUCGGGGGCUGCGACCUCAUCGAAAGCAGCCGCCCAGAAAAGGCCCCCGCUCCUGGAGCUGGAGGGGAAGAAAUGGAGGGUGGAAAACUUUGAGCAGAAACACGACCUGCUGAUUGAGGAGACGGAGCUGAAACAAGUGGCCUACGUCUUCGGUUGCAAUAACUCCACCCUGCAGAUUAAAGGCAAAAUUAACUCCAUCAUCAUAGACAACUGUAAGAAGCUGGGUCUGGUUUUUGAGAAUGUGGUUGGGAUUGUGGAAAUCAUCAACUCCAAGGCGAUCCAGUUACAGGUGUUGGGAACAGUCCCGACUCUUUCCAUCAACAAGACGGAGGGCUGCCAGGUGUACCUGAGCAAGGACUCCCUGAACUGUGAGAUCGUCAGCGCCAAGAGCUCUGAGAUGAACAUCCUGGUACCUACAGGAGAUGACGAUUAUAGGGAGUUUCCAGUGCCGGAGCAGUUCAAGACCGUUUGGAGCGGCUCCAAACUGGUGACAGAGCCCACUGAGAUCGCAGGCUGAUCUGAAGCCUCGUCAUCUUCACCACCAUCAAAUUAAAAAACACAUACAUGUAUCUUUCUGUCCCUGCGAAUCUAUUGAACUUCAGAGGCAUAAAAACCCAGUAUAACCAGUAUAUUUACAUCCUCUUACAUUUCUGUGCCAUUGCAAUAACUUUUCGAAGUGUAUUUUAAUGUGCUCUUUAAAUGUAACGUGCGCAGUCAUUAAGUCAAGUUAAGUCAAGUUAUAUGGAAGUGUUCAGUGUAUUUUGUGUAAAAGCCACUUGUUUCACUGGUGCAAAAUAACAUCCAGAUGAACAUAUAACAUGAAAUAAAUAUUCAACUAAUCUAAAUACUUAAAAUACAGACAGUAGCAGUUACACUUCAUCAUUAUCUCUGUGUACAUCACUCUAUUUUGUACUAAGAUGCAACAUGUGGCACCAGCAUAGGGAAGAUGUCCACCACAAAUGCUUUUCAAAUGUUUAAUUUACAUGAUGACGAUUGGAUGGAAUUGUGUUUCAUUUUUCAAAUAAAAUCAAAACUCUCACUUCUGGGUUUUUAUGUUA